CAACCUCCAACUCCUGGGCUUAAGCGAUUCUCUUGCCUCAGCCUCCCGAGUAGCUGGGACUACAGGCGCCCGCCACAACGCCCGGCUACACAUACUCUUUUUAUUUUAAAAAGUAAUAAUAGUUUUGGAGUGGGAAGGUUCGUGGUGCUGCGUAGGAACUACAAUGGACACCCAAAAGGACGUUCAACCCCCAAACCAUCAGCCAGUGAUACAUAUCUGUGGAGAAUGUCACACAGAAAAUGAAAUAAAAUCCAGGGAUCCAAUCAGAUGCAGAGAAUGUGGAUACAGAAUAAUGUCCAAGGAAAGGACUAAACGAUUGGUGAUUUUUUUGAGACAGAGUCUCUCUCUGUCGUCUCGGUAGAGGGCUGUGGUGUCACAGCUCACAGCAACCUCCAACUCUUGGGCUUAAGUGAUUCUCCCCAGUCUCCCAAGUAGCUGGGACUAUAGGCAC